UUUUCGAAUUCAACAACAGGAUGUACCACUUCGACGCGUCUCUCGUCAGAAACGAAGAACCAGCGCACACCUGCGACAUAUGUGGAAAAGGCUACAAAUACAAGUCUGUGUUAAAGCAACAUAAGAUAAAGACCCACGGUGAGCCUCCACAUUAUGAAAGACGUCGUUACCUUUGCGCCCUUUGCGGAAAGGAACUGAAGACAGCAAAGGGCCUGGAGAUUCACAACAGAUCUCACACCGGGGAGAAGCCGUUCACCUGCGAGGUUUGCGGCAAAUGUUUCGCCUGUGAGACUCUGCUGAGGACGCAUAACGUCACUCAUACAGGAGAAAGAAAGUAUUCCUGCGACCAGUGUGGCAAGGCUUUCACACAAAGGUCCACUCUCGUUGUUCACAAGAGGUACCACACUGGAGAACGUCCUUACGUGUGUCCUAGGUGUGGGAAAGGAUUCGUCACCAGGACAGUGCUCAAUACUCACUUGAAAUCCUGUCGCUGAUAGUCUGUUUGCAUUUCCCCCUACGUACUUGUUUUUGGUCUUAGUAGAAUAUUAGAAUAGGAGCAGUGAAAUUACGUCAAAUUAUUGAAGUGGCAAAGCUUUCACACAAAGGUCCACUCUCGUUGUUCACAAGAGGUACCACCCUGGAGAACGUCCUUAUGUGUGUCCUA